AUGGCUGUUAGAAAUAGUGGAGUUACUAAUAUCACAUUUCCCCAGACAUUAACAUCAAUAGGAAUAGAUUCAUUUGCAGACUGUCUUUAUUUAGAAGAGAUCAAUAUCCCAGAAAAUAGCGCUUUGACAAGUAUUGGAAUUGGAGCAUUCAGAGGAUGUAUGAGGCUCAAAAAAAUAAGUAGCUUUUCAAACAGUUAUAGAGUUAUGACUGGAGCUCUAUUUACAUAUAAUCUAGAUUCUUUAGUUCUAUUCCCACCUGCAUCUGAAGUAACCUCAUUCUCACUACCUGGUGAUACUCGCUUCAUUAAUGAAGGAGCCUUCCUUUCAUGUACAAAUUUAGUUUCAAUAUUUAUUCCUUCGGAUUCAAUUUCGUAUAUUUCUACAAGUGCAUUUGAAAGCUGUUCUAGUUUGACAUGGAUUAAUAUACCAAUAUGCGUAAAAGAUGUCGGAGCAAAUGCUUUCAAAGGAUGUUCAAAAUUGAAUUGCGGAAUCAAAGUUGAAAAUACGAGUAAGUUAUUCUUGGAAAAUUUGUUCACUAACGCAAAGCUUUCCAUACAAUCUGUAAAAAAUUGUAUUGGUAAUAUAAUAACACGGAAUUGCUUAUUCUAUACAAAUAUAUUUUCAUCAUCGUUGCUGAUGAUUCAAGUUAUAAUAAUCAUGUAA